UGUGCAAUUGAACGGAGCGAGAACUUACGAGACACAUACGACAAAUUAAAAAAGUUGAAAAAAUCAAGAGAAUCGGACAUUGAUGACAAUGUUGGAUUGGUGCGUCGGAAUUGCAACCACCCUACUGAUCUUCCUCAUUUAUUUUGGAUAUUUCUUUAAAUUCAAUAAUGUGAAAGAUUUAAGAACUGAGACCCGCAGCUUUUAUAAUAAAAAUCGAAAGAUAGGCAAAGAAUUACCGCCGGUUUAUCCGAACGGAUGGUUCGCUCUGCUCGAAAGUUCACAGAUAAAAAAAGGUCAAGUGAAACACGUGUCUGCUCUCAGCGAAAAUUUUGCAGUGUUCAGAACCGAAAGAGGCAUUAUCAACAUUUUAGACGCAUAUUGCCCUCAUUUAGGGGCAAAUAUGGCCGAAAAUGGUCGUGUCAAAGGAGAUUGUCUGGAGUGUCCCUUUCAUAGCUGGAAGUUUCGUGGAGAGGAUGGCUACUGUGAGAACAUACCUUAUACCACAAAAG